AUGUCGACAAGGCAAAAUAAGAAGCGCAAAGGACGCAGCAAUGCUAUGAACCGAGAACGCACCGUCACCACGCUCACAGAGGGCCCUGAAAGUUCAUUCUUGAUUCCAACACCCACAGAAGAACCGGCAGGCAAUCUCAUGUCCUCGCCGUUUUCUGUUGCUUCAUCUGGCGGUGGUUCGAACAUCUCUCCUGCUGCCGCCUUCCAGCUGGCGCCCAACAGCUUUGCUCCUUUCCCUUACAACGGAUACAUGCCUCCUAUGCCUCCGAAUUUCGGUCCUCCUCAGCAGCACUUCUUCCCAUCGCCUCCGGGGCCGCCUGGACAGAAGGAUCUGGAAGCACUUGAGAGACUCAAGGAUACUAUCAAGAACGGCCAGCAUGAGUUUUUCCGAGCCGUCCCACAGCCAGCUGUACUUGCCAAUCUCUACCAGGGACCAAGGCAGCCCCAGUCUCAAGUACCUCCUCAUCCUGAGCAAGCAUCCUCGGAUCGUCUCCAGACCAAUAUCGCGCCCAAACCUGCCAGCGGUACUUCUUACGACAAUCCUGCUCAAGCUGCUGCGGGCCUUAAUCCUGAGCUCAACACGAGGCUCGGGCCUCAAAAGUCGGACCAUUGGGAUGGUUCUCGUAAACUUAUGGCACCACCCUCUUUCGAACGAGAGCUUGUCUAG